AUGCCCUUGGUGUGUUUGAGAGACUUCCAGGCGCAUGCACGGGACCACCUCUCUAAGUCAACUUGGGAUUUUAUCGAAGGAGGAGCUGAUGACUGCUGCACGCGGGAUGAGAACAUGGCAGCGUUUAAAAAAAUCCGCCUCCGUCCCCGGUAUCUGAGAGAUGUGUCUAAGGUGGACAUGCGGACCACCAUCCAAGGAGCAGAGAUCAGCGCUCCCAUUUGCAUCGCACCCACAGGUUUCCACCGCAUCGCCUGGCCUGAUGGAGAAAUGAGCACAGCCAGAGCUGCACAAGCAGCCAGUAUCUGCUACAUCACCAGCACGUAUGCCAGCUGUAGCCUUGAAGAUAUCGUUGCUGCCGCCCCCAGGGGCCUGCGGUGGUUCCAACUCUAUGUGCACCCGAGCCGGCAGAUAAACAAACAGCUAAUCCAAAAGGUGGAAUCCCUGGGUUUCAAAGCUCUGGUCAUUACUGUGGAUGUACCCAAAGUUGGCAACAGACGGCAUGACAUUACAAACCAAGUCAACUUGAUGCAGAAUUUAUGGUUGAAAGAUCUCGGAUCACCUGAGAUGGGAAAUUCAAUGCCUUAUUUCCAAAUGUCCCCAAUUGACCCAUCCAUCUGCUGGGAAGAUCUCUCUUGGUUUCAGAGCAUGACUCGAUUGCCCAUCAUCCUUAAGGGAAUCCUGACAAAAGAGGACGCAGAGUUAGCUGUGAAGCACAAUGUCCAUGGCAUCAUUGUUUCCAACCAUGGUGGGAGGCAGCUUGAUGAGGUUCCUGCUUCUAUCGAUGCCCUGACAGAAGUGGUGGCCGCUGUGAAAGGGAAGGUUGAAGUGUACCUGGAUGGUGGGAUCCGGACUGGCAACGAUGUGCUGAAGGCUCUAGCCCUUGGGGCUAAGUGCGUUUUUGUGGGGAGACCCAUCCUGUGGGGUCUUGCUUACAAGGGUGAACAUGGUGUUAAGGAAGUUUUGGAUAUUUUAAAAAAUGAAUUCCACACUUCCAUGACCCUGACAGGUUGCCGAUCAGUUGCUGAGAUCAAUCAGGACCUGAUCCAGUUCUCCAGAUUGUAA